AUGGGCAAACAUUCGGCUUUUGAUGAUUCAGAUGAGGAAGAGCAGUACGCCGAAGAUGAACCGCGGGAGGUCGCCCCGCCGAAGACGGGGGCGGCCUCCUCCGGGCAAGCGACGAGGAUGCCUGUCGAAGGUUCCAAGGGGGGGAGCUCCUCCGGUCGACCCUCAGGUCACCUGAAGAGGAAGAGGGGGGCCUCGGAGGUUGUGGAGGUGGACCCGCUGUCUUUUAGCCUCCCAUCGAUCCACGAAUUGUCCUCCUUGGACGAUCUUCUGAAGGAGGGAUAUGCAGACCCGGGUCGGGGCUCCGAUUUGUUCGAGGACAUACUCGCGGGCCACGCUCUGCUGACCUUCGAUCCUCCUCGGGUGGAGUGCUCUGAGCUACCCGAGACCGGAGCAAUGAGGCUGGAGGACGGCAUGAGACAGGCUGUGCAAGCGGUCAACACUUUCGUGUCCGUAUGCGCGAGCCUGAGGGAGCAGCUGGCUUCGGUCCAGAGGACGGCCACGAGCGAGGCCAACAGGGCCAGGGACAUGGAGGUCAUGUUUAAGGCCUCGGAAGGGAGAAGAGCGCAUCUGGAAGAAGAGAGGAAGCGCCUGGAAGAGGAGGUUGCACGGGUGAAGGCGGAACUCAAGGACACGGAGCUGACCCACCGCCUCGAGAUGGAAAGCUUGCUGGCCACGAGUGUCUCAAAAUCUCGACUGGACACGUACAUCUUGGCAGGGGUCCAACGGUAG